GCACAGUACCUCAUCCUUUUAUCUUCUUCACCUUUCAACCCAAAUUUCAUAACUAAAGAAGAGAUGUCUAUCACAGGCUCACUUCUCCAGCUCCCUCCAUUGCACUCCCUCAAGCUCUCCUCUUCCUCUUCCUCUUCCUCUUCCGUUGCCACCCCUUUUCUCCAUGGCUCCACUCCCCUCUCUCUCCUCUCAAAACCCUCUUCCGCUCUCACCAGUCCAACUCUGGCGCCGCCCUCUUUCCUUCCCCUAAUCCGGGCCAUGAGAUCAAUGCGGGGACGCGUCGUUUGCUCCACCAACGAUAAGACCGUGGCCGUGGAGGUGGUGCGUUUAGCUCCUCAUCCCAAGUACAAGAGGCGGGUCAGGAAGAAGAAGAAGUACCAGGCACAUGACCCAGAUAACCAGUUCAAGGUUGGGGACAUUGUUCAGCUGGAGAAGAGCAGACCUAUUAGCAAGACCAAGACCUUCGUCGCUGUCGCUGUUCCCGAAAGAAAUUCGUCGAAGAAAAGUGGUGAAGAAGCUCAAUCGCCCCAAGAGCUUGGAAUUCCCUUGGAGUCUCAGCAACAACCGGUUUAGGCCUUAGAGUGAGGGUUUAUAAUUCAGAAUUGGUUUGUGAAUUUGACUGCUUUGUUUUUACUUGUUAUGAUAAUGUUUCAAAUUUUAGUGUACUUUGAAUGCCCUUGUUGAAUUGAUAACUCUAGUCUCUUAUAAAUUUGAGCUGUUUUUCUCUUA